UCAAUCUCAUCUCUCCCCACUUCUGUCUCUCCGCUCUUGUGUCUGCUGGAUAUCUCUGUCUCUUCCCACCUCUGUCUCUCAUUGUCUCUCAGUCUCAUCUCUAUUUCUAUUUCUGUACCUCUCCUGUCAUUGUCUCUCCCUUGGAUCUCUCUUUUGCUCUCGCCUUCUCUCCCCACUCCCCUCUCCUUCUCUCUGUUUCUUGGUCCUUGUCACCCUCUCUGAUCUGCUGUCUCUACCUGUCCUCUGUCAAUGUCCCUUUCCAUCUCUUUGGGUCUCGUUUCUUGUCUCUCCUGCUCUUUCUACCUCUGUCUGUAGAUCUCUGGGAAAGCUAUCUUUCUGCUUUUUUUCUUGUGGCCCCCUUACACUUCCCUGAAACAGUGACCAGCUCCUCUUGUGCUGGGGGUUGUGGGGGCAGCAGGGCCCAACACUCAUAAUUCCCACCCCCACAGGCGGCCCUUUCCUCUGGGCCCCGCCUGGUGCCAGCCCCCUCACCAGCGGGGGGACUGCGCCUGGAAGCUGUAAUGGAGGCCCUGCAGAGGCAGCAGGCAGCCCGCCUGGCCCAAGGGGUGGGGCCAUUGGCCCCCCCACGCUCACUGCCACCACCACUACCUCCUUUGCCUGGCCCCCGGACCCUGCAGGCCCCUGAGGGGGCCUUGGGGGAGGUUGGGACUGAAGAAGAGGAGGAUGCUGAAGAGGAUGAGGAAGGGGAGGAAGCCGGGGCAGAGGAGGAGGCAGCCGAGGAGAGCCGUCCAGGGACACGGGGCCCCAGCUCACCUUCCAGCCAACCCCCUGGACCUCAUCCCCAUGAAUGGACCUACGAGGAACAGUUCAAGCAGCUGUACGAGCUUGAUGCAGACCCCAAGAGGAAGGAAUUUCUGGAUGACCUGUUUAGCUUCAUGCAGAAGAGGGGGACGCCAGUGAACCGUGUGCCCAUCAUGGCAAAACAGGUGCUGGACCUGUACGCGCUCUUCCGUCUGGUGACAGCCAAAGGUGGCCUGGUGGAAGUCAUCAACCGCAAGGUGUGGCGGGAGGUCACGCGCGGCCUCAGCCUGCCCACCACCAUCACGUCGGCAGCCUUCACACUACGCACCCAGUACAUGAAGUACCUGUACCCCUACGAGUGCGAGACGCAGGCGCUCAGCUCCCCGGGGGAGCUCCAGGCAGCCAUCGACAGCAACCGACGCGAGGGCCGUCGUCAGGCUUAUACUGCCGCCCCGCUCUACGGCUUAGCUGGGCCUACCCCUCGGGGAACCCCGGGCCACCUCUCGGUUCCGGGCGCCGCCCAGCUGACGCCUACGCCCAGCCCCCGUCCUGCCCAGGGCUCCGCCUCAGGCCUGCCGGCCCACGCCUGCGCGCAGCUGAGCCCGAGCCCCAUUAAGAAAGAGGAAAGCGGAAUUCCAGCCCCUCGACUGGCACUGCCUGUGGGCCUGGCUUUGGGAGCUGCAAGGGAGAAGUUGGCACCAGAGGAGCCGCCAGAGAAGAGGGCUGUGCUGAUGGGGCACAUGGACCCACCUCGACCUGGAGUUCCCCCCAGUUUCCUGCCCCGUGGCAAGGUUCCCCUGAGGGAAGAGCGGCUGGAUGGGCCUCUCAAUCUGGCAGGCAGUGGUAUCAGCAGUAUCAACAUGGCACUAGAGAUCAACGGGGUGGUCUACACUGGUGUCCUCUUUGCCCGUCGCCAGCCUGUGCCAGCUUCCCAGGGUCCAACCAACCCUGCACCUCUUCUCCCUACAGGACCCCCUUCCAGCACCUCACCAUGAGAACUCCCACUUGGAAUUAAGAGUCCCAGCUCCAAGGCUGAGGGGAGGGGAGGAGACAUCCCCCACACCUUGAUUCUUUCAGGGUGCCCAUUCUAGGACCCAGCCCUGGGACAUGACCCCCCCCCCAAGAUGCCAUGUGGGAUUGAAGCCAGAGUUUUCUUUCAAUGUUACAUCUACCUCAUUGUAAAGGGAGAGCAUCUCCUCCCUGCCUGACCCCAACAGCAUCAGCAUCUACCAAAGAGUUCUGCCCCCAGUAACCUCAGUCAUCUCCUCAUGUGCCUCCCUGUGUUGAUGUCAUCUCUAGGACCCCACCUCUUCAAAUCAUACCUGCUUCUCUUCAGAAGCCAUGUGAAGGGUUAGGUUGGGGUGUUGUGAAGGAGUCGUCCCUCAGGUCACAUCUGAACAAUAAAGCUGCAGUCCCUCCC